GUCAAAUCCAGUCUAAGCAAUAGCAAAGCAAUCAAAGUAAACUACUAUGAAAAUUUAAAAAGGGAAAAAAUAGAAAAUAAAUUUAAAUUUUCUUUCUAUGUUAUUUUAAUUGUUAGAAAAUUUUGCAGUUCAUAUUUACUUACUUGAUGAAAUUUUGUAAUAAUAUUUCAUGACGAAUUUCGUGGAUUUUUUAAAAAGCCCCGAGUUAGUGAUAAGAGUUCAAGAAUUCUUUGGAAUAAAAUAUGUACAUAGAAAACGGAAACGAGCUACCAGUGAAACAAAUGAAGAAAAUUCUGAGACAGAAUCAGUAUCAUUAUCUCCAAGUCCAAAUGGAAAUUUAAAAAAAUAUGAAGAUGAAAUUAGUGAACAGAAAAAAAUCAUAAUACAAAACAAAUUUUGGUAUUAUAUAUUUUUAUUGGGAACUGAAUUAGGUGAUGAAGCCUUCUAUGCAACGUUUAUUCCAUUUUGGUUUUGGAAUAUAGAUGGAGCUGUCGGACGAAGAGUUGUUUUACUGUGGUCUUCCAUUAUGUAUGUAGGUCAAAGUCUUAAGGAUAUAAUUAGGUGGGAAAGACCUGGUUUUCCUGUGAUAAGGCUUCAAAAGAAAUGGAGCAUUGAGUAUGGAAUGCCUUCAACACAUGCAAUGGUUGGGUUUUCAAUUCCGUUUUCAGUUUUAAUAUUUACGCACCAAAGAUACCAAUACAAUUUCGUAUUUGGGAUAGUAAUUGCUGUUUUGUGGUGUACAGUAGUUUGUUUGAGCAGAAUUUAUUUAGGAAUGCAUAGUGUUUGUGAUGUAGUUGUCGGUUUACUUUUAACAAUGGUAUUGAUGACAGUUUUUGUUCCGCUCAUUGAUUACGCAGAUUUUUUUAUUAUUUCAUGGAAAUAUUCACCAUUAUUUUUGCUAUUUAUAUCAAUAAUGAUUAUAGUUUAUUAUCCAAUCUCCGAUAAAUGGACACCAACACGUGGUGAUACAACAACUGUGGUAUCUGUAACAAUUGGAAUAUUAAUUGGUGCAUGGAUUAAUUAUCAACUUGGAAAUAUGAUACCAUUAAAGUCAUCACCUCCCUAUAAAAUAAUAUGGCCGACAUAUACAAUGUUAGGUUUAUUACUGUUACGCACAAUUUUAGGAAUGUGUUGUAUUGUAGCCACUAUCGCUAUAGGAAAAUCAAUUUCUUACGCUAUAGUAUGCGCUAUAUUAGGUAAAGAUAAAAAUAAAUUAUUAAAUUCUGAAAAUCAUUUAAAUAAUAAGGAUAAAAUAUUUGUUGAACUUUGUUAUAAAUAUCUCACUUACGGUUUGGUGGGAUUAAGUACGCAAUAUCUUCUUCCAAGUGCUUUCAAAUUGCUGGGCAUUGAAAGACCCAAUUUUUAUACAGAAAUUUAAAAAAGAAGUUGUUAUUCUAAAACAAAUUGUUAAAAAUUUAUUGAACUUCCUUAUAGUUUUAAAUACUUGAACAUUCUCAAAUUUAUGAAAUUUAAUAAUAGUUUACUUAUUGAAAGACACUAAAACACUUUGAAACCUCUAGUUUAUAAAAUGCAUAUCACAAUAGUGAAUUAAUUUCUAUAAUAUAAAAAGUAACUUAAUACUAAAUAAGAAAUAUGUAUUCUAUUUAAGUUCAUCUCACGGACUUAAAACUUGUUUAGGAAAAUUCCGUCGUAAAUAUAUUAGCUUGUACGUUCUAU